UGAAAAGUAACCUUGAAACACGCCGGCCUGAAUAUCAGAGACCUAUCUCAGCCUCCCAACCGUCGGCCGCUGCUGGAGGGGCUGCUUGCGCCAGGCGCCGGCCGCCCCACUGCGGGUCGCUGGCUGCCGGGCUCUGAGGAGGCCGAGAGCCCAGGCGGCCGGACCGUGCGCCCGGCGCGUCUCCCGAGGCCGUUCCGGGUCUGAACUCUAACAAGGAGGGGCCUCGCAGGAGCAGCGGCGGGCGAGUUAAAGUAUGCUGGGAGCGGUGAAGAUGGAAGGGCACGAGCCGUCCGACUGGAGCAGCUACUAUGCCGAGCCCGAGGGCUACUCCUCCGUGAGCAACAUGAACGCCGGCCUGGGGAUGAACGGCAUGAACACGUACAUGAGCAUGUCGGCGGCCGCCAUGGGCAGCGGCUCGGGCAACAUGAGCGCGGGCUCCAUGAACAUGUCGUCGUACGUGGGCACAGGCAUGAGCCCGUCCCUGGCGGGCAUGUCCCCCGGCGCGGGCGCCAUGGCGGGCAUGGGCGCCUCGGCCGGGGCGGCCGGCGUGGCGGGCAUGGGACCGCACUUGAGUCCCAGCCUGAGCCCGCUCGGGGGGCAGGCGGCCGGGGCCAUGGGCGGCCUGGCCCCCUACGCCAACAUGAACUCCAUGAGCCCCAUGUACGGGCAGGCGGGCCUGAGCCGCGCGCGCGACCCCAAGACCUACCGGCGCAGCUACACGCACGCAAAGCCUCCCUACUCGUACAUCUCGCUCAUCACCAUGGCCAUCCAGCAGAGCCCCAACAAGAUGCUGACACUGAGCGAGAUCUACCAGUGGAUCAUGGACCUCUUCCCCUUCUACCGGCAGAACCAGCAGCGCUGGCAGAACUCCAUCCGCCACUCGCUCUCCUUCAACGACUGCUUCCUGAAGGUGCCCCGCUCUCCGGACAAGCCCGGCAAGGGCUCCUUCUGGACCCUGCACCCUGACUCGGGCAACAUGUUCGAGAACGGCUGCUACCUGCGCCGCCAGAAGCGCUUCAAGUGUGAGAAGCAGCUGGCGCUGAAGGAGGCCGCAGGCGCCGCGGGCAGCGGCAAGAAGGCGGCCGCCGGGGCCCAGGCCUCGCAGGCUCAACUCGGGGAGGCCGCGGGGCCGGCCUCCGAGACUCCGGCUGGCACCGAGUCGCCUCACUCGAGCGCCUCCCCGUGCCAGGAGCACAAGCGAGGGGGCCUGGGAGAGAUGAAGGGGACGCCUGCUGCAGCACUGAGCCCCCCAGAGCCGGCGCCCUCUCCCGGGCAGCAGCAGCAGGCCGCGGCCCACCUGCUGGGCCCGCCCCACCACCCAGGCCUGCCGCCUGAGGCCCACCUGAAGCCGGAGCACCACUACGCCUUCAACCACCCGUUCUCCAUCAACAACCUCAUGUCCUCGGAGCAGCAGCACCACCACAGCCACCACCACCACCAACCCCACAAAAUGGACCUCAAGGCCUACGAACAGGUGAUGCACUACCCCGGCUACGGUUCCCCCAUGCCUGGCAGCUUGGCCAUGGGCCCGGUCACGAACAAAACGGGCCUGGACGCUUCGCCCCUGGCCGCAGAUACCUCUUACUACCAGGGGGUGUACUCCCGGCCCAUUAUGAACUCCUCUUAAGAAGACGACGGCUUCAGGCCCGGAUGACUCUGGCAGCCCGGAUCCAGGAUAAGCGAGAGAGCAAGUGGGGGUCGAGACUUUGGGGAGACGGUGUUGCAGAGACUAAAAGGAGAAGAAAUCAAUAACAACCCCACCCCAACACCCCCAAGACAGCAGUCUCCCCUCACCCACUGCAGCCCUUUUGUCCCAAACAGAGGGUCACACUUGAUGCCCCCGAGGAAAACAGGAAAGAAUAUAAAAUCAAAAAAAAAAAAAAAAAAAAAGCCUCCGGUUGCCACUACUGUGUAAAGACUCCUGCUUCUUCAAGCACCUGCAGAUUCUGAUUUUUGUUGUUGUUGUUCUCCUCCAUUGCUGUUGUUGCAGGGAAGUCUUACUUAAAAAAAAAAAAAAAAAGAAAGAAAAAAAACUUUUGUGAGUGACUCGGUGUAAAACCAUGUAGUUUUAACAGAACCAGAGGGUUGUACUAUUGUUUAAAAACAGGAAAAAAAUAAUGUAAGGGUCUGUUGUAAAUGACCAAGAAAAAGAAAAAAAUGCAUUCCCAAUCUUGACACGGUGAAAUCCAGGUCUCGGGUCUGAUUAAUUUAUGGUUUCUGCGUGCUUUAUUUAUGGCUUAUAAAUGUGUAUUCUGGCUGCAAGGGCCAGAGUUCCACAUGUCUAUAUUAAAGUGUUAUACCCGGUUUCAUCCCUUGAA